AUGUCCGACUAUAGCCUCGACGACAGCUCGCAGGUUGCAGUGUACAUCCCCUACUCUGGCGACGACGACGACCAAGACCACACCUCCUACAGCCUCUACCCCGAGCGCGACUGGCCAGGAAGCUACGAACGUCGCCUGAACGAGUACAGAGCGGCAUGGGGCCGGUGCCUCCAGCGAAUGCAGGAAAUCAUCUACUCCGUGCACUCCGAGGUCAUCGACGCCGUCGUCUCCAAAGUGAACAGCGCAUACGCGGAGCCGUUCCACGGCCUGCCCUUCCCCGAGAUUCCCGUCGUGUCCGUCAACGCAACAUCCUCCAACGCCGCCGUCUUCGAUCAAAUCGCCGCAAAGCUCGAGCACGACGAGGAAGACGCGCUCUUCGGCUCCAAGCGCCACUUUGUCGCGCACAUCUUCCCCGGCGCGUGCACGAGCGUGAUGGCGGCGAUGAAGACGCUCGUGUCCGGCUUCGUGUCGCGCUCGCCGCUCGGCGACGAAGAAGGCGGCAUAAGACGGAAGCCGUCGACGUCGCUCGCGAGCUUUGAUAUCAAUCUGCUCGCAGCGUGGUGCGACGCCGCGCAGGAGACACACGGCACGCUCCAGCUCGUCGCCAUCCUGCACAACUUUGAACAAUUCGACCCGCUCGUGAUGCAAGACGUCUUCGAGAUAUGCAACCUACACAUCCCGCGCAUCCCCCUCGUCUUCGUCCUCGGCCUCGCAUCGUCCUCCGCGUCGUACGUGCACGCGGCGUACCCGAGCUCGACGCUCGCGCUGCUGCGCCUCGACAGCUGUGCGCUGCCGCCGCCCGCGGACGUUCUGCACCGGGUGAUUCGUCGGACCUUCCUGGACGUGGACUUUGACCCGGGCGUGAUGAUCGGCCCCGCCGUGCUCGAUUUUCUGCUCGAUUUCUUCACGAGGCAGAGCUGUUCGCUCGAUGGCGCGGUCUCGAUCUUGCAGAUCGCGUUCAUGAAGCACUUCGAAGACCCGCUCACGGCCCUCCUCACCUCGUCCUCUGCACUGCUCUCCGACGUCGCCCGGAACGGGAACAAGAUCAAGAAAACGCACAAAGACCGCACCGCGUUCGUAUCAUCCGUCCUCGCGCGCGUGCGCACCUCCUCCCUCUCCGCCGCCUCCUCCUCCGACAACAACGACGACACCAACGAUCCACCCACGCUCGCCGCGUGCGUCGACGCCGCGCGCGCCCAGUGCAGCAAGCACCUCCGCCUGCUGCGCUUCGCGUUCCAGACGCUCCUGCGCGUGCGCACGGCGCUGCAGCGCACGGGGCGGCGGAUGCUGCAGCUCGACAAGGACGAGCCGGGCAUGGUGCGCGCGGCGCUGAGGGGCGCGCUCGGGCUCGAGGUCAAGGUCGUGUGUCGGGAGCUGAGGAUGCUGCCGUAUGAGAGCGCGAAGACCGUGCUCGACGAGCUGUAUGUGCAUCUGUGCGGUGCCCCGGAGGACGUGCUGAGCGCGGAAGAGGAGAUUCGCACGCGGAUCGAUACGGCGAGGCAGCAGCUGAGCCCGGAGCAGGAUUAUGAUGAGGAUGACGGGGAAGAGGAGAAGGAGGACAGCGCACUCGCGAUGGCGGGGGAGUGGCUGCAGGAGUACCUCUUAUCCCGGUUGCGGUCGCCGGAAGAGCUCCCGCUGUGGGAUAUCUGGUGCAUGGGCUCGACGCCUUUUCCUUCGGAGGUAUUCAACCCGUCCAUCCACGCAUCCCUCAUCUCCGGCCUCCUCCACCCGCAAGCCUAUCUCCUGCCCGUGCCCAGCGCCAGCGAUCCCUCCUCGCCCCGGCUCGACGGCCACGAUCGGAUUCAAAACGGCGGCGGCGGCGAAGACGGGGAAGGAGACGCGCUCGACGUGCCCGACACGACACUGCUCUUCCGCGGGUACCUCGAGAGCGGGAAGACGAUCAACGCGUACGACUGGUACGCGUCCUUUUCCGUCGCGCUCGAGAACCAGCGCGCGAUGCGCCGCGUGCGCCAGCGGCAGCGGGAUCUUGAUACGGGCGUGGAUGUGGACGCGGAUGCUUCUGUGACGCCGAAGAAGGGCACGAAGAAAGCGGUUGUGAACGGGAGAGGUUCGGGUUCGCCGUCGAAGAAGAGGACGCCAAGCGGGAAGGGAAAGGAGAGGAUGCAGGCGGAGGGUGAGGUCGAGGAUGAUGAUUUAGAAGAGGGAGAGGACGAGGACGAGGAGAAGGACGAGGAGGCGUGGGGGAUGGAGAUGCAGGCGCGGUUCAUCCGGGGGCUGCAUGAGCUGGACUAUAUGGGCUUCGUGAAGCACAAGACGAAAGGGAAGAAGGCGGAGCAUGUUGUCAAGACGGUGUUUGACCCGCCAGAGCCGGAAAUCUAG